UCUAAUCCCGUCCUCCUCCUCCUCACUAACUGGAUUAACGAGGCAUAGAAACCGCACAGCUCCAAAUCAACCAAACCAGCAGCUGCCACGGCAACAGAGGGGAGGAGGCCAUUUUCUAUAGAUCCAUGCAGAGCACAGAGAUCUUUGAUUCGUCAGUCCUUCCGUUUUCUAAAACUGUUCCACAGCUUCUAAACAAACUCCUUCAAAGCUCUAAUUAGCUGCAAAUGCACACAUGCUAACCAUGGAUCCAGACAGAGAUGACACCGAGGUGUUUUCAGACUCAGAGGACCCGUUUCCUCCGAGGCCAGAGGAGGACGAGGAGAAGGACGGCGACGAUGAAGAAGAAGACGCUCAGAUCUUCAGUGCUUGGAUGCAGCGGUGCCACUGUGGGAAACAGGAGGAGAAAACCAGUGAGGAGGAGGAGGAGGAUGAAAGAGAGUCAGAGGGAGCGAGGAGUGACAGCAGAAACAGUUUAGAACAAGUGUCCAGAAUCAGGGUGGACCGCCGGGCGUCGCUGCCGUGUCCGUCCACCCUGUCGUCCAUGCAGCUGUCCCGUCUUCACUCGUCCACUCAGGCUCCAGUGACGGCCAGAGUCCUGCUGCGUCGCUCCUCCUCCCGCCGCCUCCUACAGCCCUCGCCACAGGAGGCCGCUGCCCCCUCCCCGGAGCGAAGACCCUCCCUCAUAACCACGAUCCCUGAGGCCAUGACGCCUGGGAGGCGGGGCCAGUUCAGGAGACGCAACGUCAUGUCACUGAGCGACGCAGACAGUGUGUGUCUCAUCUGUCGUCACGACUUAAACCGAGGACUGGGUGGAACCAGAGAGCUGCAGUGCACACACGCAUUCCACAGAGAGUGUAUAGAGGAGUGGCUGUGGAGGAAGCAGUCAUGUCCUACGUGUCAUGUCCAAGUGUCCAUGCCUCAGCCGGUCUACUGGAGCUCCACCAGGGUCAAAGUCCCCUAACACCACAGUGAAGGGACACAGUGGACAUGGACACUGUCAAUGUCCUCCUGCACUAUAUAAUCAAUACUAUUAUACUAUACUGGUGUGGUGCAGGUAUAUACACUACUGUAUUAGUGUAUAUACCUGUAUAUAUACUACAGUAGUAUACUAGUAUACACACACGUGCAGCACAGCAGUGGACUUCUAUAAUCCAAGUGAACUUGUAACAUGUAUAACAUAAUAAUAAACGACUCACACACACAUUGA